AUGACUCGGUGUCCUCCAGAGAGGCAGAUCGUSGUGGGRAUCUGCUCCAUGAUGAAGAAGUCCAAGUCCAAACCCAUGACCCAGAUCAUGGAAAGGCUGUGUAAGUUUGAGUACAUCACAGUGGUCAUCUUCCCCGAGGAGAUCAUCCUCAACCAGCCCGUGGACAAAUGGCCCCUGUGUGACUGCCUCGUCUCCUUCCACUCCAAAGUUUCGUCAGGGAGUGCAUGCCACCACCCCCGCUUUCUGCAGUCUCAGGAAUUUGGCCUGGUCCCGGUGGAUACCGCAAACAAGAGGGAGGUGUAUCGUAUCUUGCAGGAGGAGGGCAUUGAUCUUCCUCGUUACGCUGUGUUAACCCGAGACCCAGACAGACCUGAAGAGUGUAACCUGGUGGAGGGGGAGGAUCAUGUGGAGGUGAACGGGGAGGUGUUCCCCAAACCCUUUGUGGAGAAGCCUGUGAGUGCUGAGGACCAUAACGUUUACGUCUACUACCCCACCUCAGCUGGAGGAGGCAGCCAGAGACUCUUCCGCAAGAUAGGGAGCCGCAGUAGUGUGUACUCCCCAGAGAGCUGUGUGAGGAAGACUGGCUCCUACAUAUACGAGGAGUUCAUGCCAACGGACGGCACUGAUGUCAAGGUGUACACAGUGGGCCCCCUGACUAUGAUGGAAGCUGCGCUGUGUCAUCGCCAUCAUCCGCCACGGAGACCGCACCCCAAACAGAAGAUGAAGAUGGAAGUCCGACACCCUCUUGAAGUGCUGGACAUUGCCCGGCUCCUACUGGCUGAGUUGGGACAGCACACAGACUGUGAGAUCGAGGAGAAGAAGGGUAAACUGGAGCAGCUCAAGACAGUUCUAGAGAUUCCGUCCAGUACGGCCAUUUCUCAGCGAUCAACAAGGAAGGUGCAGCUCACCUACCUGCCACACGACACGCCCAAAGCCUCCAGUGAGGAAAGAAAGGGUCCAAAGGAGGGUCCGUCUCUGCUGCUGGUGUUGAAGUGGGGAGGGCUGACCCCGGCAGGCAGGGUACAGGCUGAGGAGCUGGGCAGGGCCUUCCGCUGCAUGUACCCUGGAGGUCAAGGGGACUACGCUGGUUUCCCUGGUUGUGGUCUGCUCCGUUUACACAGCACCUACCGCCACGACCUCAAGAUCUACGCCUCAGACGAAGGCCGUGUUCAGAUGACCGCUGCCGCUUUUGCCAAGGGUCUGCUGGCUCUGGAGGGAGAGUUGACACCCAUCCUGGUGCAGAUGGUGAAGAGUGCCAACAUGAACGGCAUGCUGGACAGCGACAGUGAGUCUCUGACCGACUGCCAGCAGAGGGUGAAGGUACGGCUCCACGAGAUCAUGCAGAAAGACCAGGACUUCACUGAGGACGACUACCAAAAGCUGGCCCCUACAGGCAGCCCCUCCCUGGUCACCUCUAUGAAGACCAUAGGGAACCCAGUGAGGACGUGUGACCAGGUCUACGCCCUCAUCCAGAGCCUCACCUCUCAGAUCCGCAGGAGGCUGGAGGACCCCAAAUCUGCAGAUCUGCAGCUGUACCUCGACGACCUGAGCUGCAUGCUGCAACGCUGGUCCAAGCUGGAAAGGGACUUCCGGAAUAAGAGCGGCCGCUACGACAUCAGUAAGAUCCCGGACAAGCUACGACUGUACUCACGGGGGGUCAUGUCUCCGGGGCGCCACGUCAGGACCCGUCUCUAUUUCACCAGCGAAAGCCACGUCCACUCACUGCUCAGCAUCUUCCGCUACGGGGGAUUACUGGAUGAAGUGAAGGACCAGCAGUGGAAACAGGCCAUGGAUUACCUCAGUGCCGUCUCUGAACUCAACUACAUGACCCAGAUAGUCAUCAUGCUGUAUGAGGAUAACAACAAGGACCCCGGCUCAGAGGAGCGUUUCCACGUGGAGCUCCACUUCAGUCCCGGGGUGAAGGGCUGUGAGGACGAGGAGAACGUCCCUCUGGGCUUUGGCUUCCGCCCAGCCUCCGCUGAGAAUCAGGAGAAGCAGACCAACCAAGGCAGUCUGGAGGACCUAUCACAGGACGAGACUGACCAGGCCCUGUCGCUCUCUGAGCCAAUCGGCAUCAAAAGAUCCACCAUGAUCCGCAACCGCAAGACUGGCUCCAUGGAGGUCCUCUCCGAGACCUUGCCCACCUCCUCCAAGGGCACCUCCUAUCGCCUCUUCCCCUCAUGCUCGUGCCAGUCCCCCGAGAUUAAACAGACUGGCCUAGAGCUCUUCUCUAUGCCGGCAGUAAAGAGAUUUUCUGUGUCGUUUGCCAGGCAUCCGACUAAUGGCUUUGAAGGCUGCUCCAUGGUGCCCUCUAUCUACCCGCUGGAGACGUUGCACAACUCGCUGUCCCUCAAGCAGGUGGACAAGUUCCUCAAUGCCGUGUGUGAGCACAGCAGCGAUGCCCACGCCAAGACCAUGAAAGCUCUCUCUGCCUUGUUCGACACGUCGAGUCAGGGGUACGGCCAAACACACAUCUACCCCCCUCACCGAAAGCCCUGUCCUCCUCAGAAACUCCUGUCCGGCCCCCCGAAUGCCCACUAUGGUACAGCAGUGGCCCUCUAGCACAGUGUUCAGUGCAGGCCCACCUCAGUGAACCCAGACAUACAUUUCAGCUUCAGUGAGUAGACCACAGCCCCCUCACCGGAUCCCACACAGAAACUAGGGACAACAACACCUGGAUCCACUCCCUAUUAUCCAUCCACCAUCCAUCCACCCACCAUCUAUUCAUCACCCAUCAUCCACCCACCCACCCAGCCAUUCAUCCAGCCACACUGUGACUUCUACCUGCCUGUGAGUGCUUUCAAACUAAUCACAGCCACAUACAGUGCUGGACCAGUGUGGACAAAAACAACCAAAACCACUGCCCCUCCAUCAGGCGGAUGUGUGUCCAACCAACCUCUGCCCCAGUUGAGCGACAGCGAGGGAUGCGUAUCCCCAGUCCUUUGCAGUGUAUAGACAGGCUGAGGUGACUCACCCUGCCGUCUGUCCUGGAUUCAGACUGCUGUCCUGCCGUCUGUCCUGGAUUCAGACUUUGUCCUGCCGUCUGUCCUGGAUUCAGACUGCUGUCCUGCCGUCUGUCCUGGAUCAGACUGUGUCCUG